UUUGUCAUCAUUUUGCUUAUCUAUCUAGUCACACUACUGGGCAACGGCACCAUUCUUCUUGCUAUAGGAGCUAAUUCUCAGUUGCAUAACCCCAUGUAUUUCUUCCUCAGUAAUCUUUCUUUGCUUGACAUCUUCUGCCCCACAGCUACAGUCCCCAAGAUGCUGGAGAAUCUUUUGAUGGAAAACAGUUCCAUUUCCUUUGCUGGCUGUGUCUUACAGCUCUACUUCCUGGUGGCCUUCUUGGGAGGGCCUGAGGUCUCCCUCUUGGCCGUCAUGGCCUUUGCCCGCUAUGUGGCCAUAUGCAGCCCUUUGCGAUACACGGUCAUCAUGAACAAAAAGCUUUGCCUUCAGAUGACUGCAGGAACAUGGAUCACUGGCUUCCUCAAUUCCUUGUUGCACACAACCUUGACUUUCACUCUACCAUACUGCAGCUCCAAUAGAAUCAACCAAUACUACUGUGACAUCCCACCAGUGUUGGCCUUAUCUUGCGCUUCCACCUAUGUGGCUGAGAUGGUUGUCCUCAUUGUUGGUGGUAUAUUUGGUGUGGGGGCUUUUCUAAUCACCUUGAUUUCCUAUACUCACAUUAUUGCCACCAUUCUGAGGAUCCGUUCUGCCGAGGGGAAGCGUAAGGCAUUUUCUACCUGCACCUCCCACUUAAUAGUGGUCUGUCUUUUCUAUGGAACCACCAUUUUCACAUACAUAAGGCCUUCCUCCAGUUACCAUCCAGACCAGGACAGGCUGGUGAGCAUGCUGUAUGGGAUGAUUACUCCCAUGUUAAAUCCCUUGAUUUUUAGUCUUAGAAAAAAAAAAGAGGAAAGG